GCACCUGUACGUUGGUCUGCCAACCGCCAAUAAACCUCCGAAGAAGAAGAAGAACGUCUGAUGGUCUGAUGCCUGUUCCUGUGGCUAGAUCAUAAAGUGGACUAUACUCAAUUAGAAAUCUAAACAUAUUAUAUAUAUAUAUAUAUUCUUACGCUACAGUGUAUGUUUAGUCCACGCAGACAUGACUGUUACAGCUGAUCACAUCAAGGAUAAACUCAUUAAGGAGCUCGCGGCAGUACAUGUGGAUGUGGAGGAUACAUCACCCAACAGAUGUGCGGCCAGCUUCAAAGUCCUGGUGGUGUCCUCCCAGUUUGAGGGCAAACAACUUUUACAGAGACACAGGAUGGUGAACACGUGUCUGGCCGAGGAGCUGAAAGAGAUCCACGCUUUUGAACAGAAGACGCUCACACCAGAACAGUGGGAGAAGCAGAAAUCACAAUGACACUCGCAUGAUCUCACACCGACAUCCGUUUAAAAUUCCUUCAGAAAACAGGCCAUACACGUCUCUGAUACUUUGAUAUGUCGAAAGAAUACAAAUGCUCUCUGUAAUCAGCAAUAUUGAUAUAAAUGCAAGGGAAUGUUCUGGUUUCAAUAAACAAUUGGAUGCUGUA